GUGAAAUUGAUCAAACCAAGGAGCUCUUGGAAAAAGGGGCAAGUUUUAAUGCAGAAAAUGAAUAUAAACGAACGCCACUACAUUUAGCUGCAUUAUUUGGUCGGAAGGAUGUGGUCGAACUUCUCAUCAGUCAUGGGGCUAGUGUUAAUGCAGAAGAUAUAAGAAAACGAACGCCACUACAUGAAGCUGCCUGUCGGGGUCGGAAGGAUGUGGUCGAACUUCUCAUCAGUGAUGGAGCUAGUGUUAAUGCAGAAGAUGAAGAUAAACGAACGCCACUACAUGAAGCUGCCAGAUGGGGUCGGAAGGAUGUGGUCAAACUUCUCAUCAGUCAUGGAGCUAGUUUUAAUGCAGAAGAUAAAGAUAAACUAACGCCACUACAUUACGCUGCCAUGAAGGGUAAUAAUAGCUGCAUAAAUUAAUUUUGAGGGAUUUCUACCAGAUGGCGUAACUUGUACUGUAACGCAUCGGACCAUACUGUAACUUUAUUCACGUGAAAGCCAAAUCAUUUGACAUUAGUUUUCAGAAUGUGUUAUUUUGUCAAAGUGUAAACAACAUAAUUUUUUCGCUUACAAUCAUGUCA